CAAUAAAUAUAGACGAUAUUGGUAUAUCAUGUCUGUCAACAGCAAUCACAAUCCAACACUAUUAAAAACGGUUGAAAAGGGGAAUAGGUUAGCGAUUUUCGCUUUGUAGGCCAAAAUGGUUGGGGGGAAAAGUACAUUAGGUCUACCUACCACACUAGCUACACGUUUAGCCAACUGUACAAAGUUUCUACCUGCGGUAGCUUGCAAAGUAAACGUCAGCAAACCGUCCCAUGGCAAUUGCUCCCUUCUGCUGCUUGACAGGCAGACCAAAAAAUAUUUGAAAUGAACCUAAACCAUGCAUACUUGUCAGGGGUGGUGACCAGAAAAGCACAGAACAUGCAAUGUAGCUCAGCCUGACUUGGAAGCAUGGGGAUGAGGCUUGUUGAAAAGCAAGGGCCUCAGAGCCAGAAGAUGGUGAUCUUCGGAGCCAUCUUCCUCCUGAUGACCCUCCUCAUCCUCUUUAGCUCCAACAGCGGCAACGACAUCAGUCCCUUCUACAGUCCCUUCCGGGCGUCCUCGCCUCAUCACCCCAUCAAGGUCACUGACCUCAAGAAAUGGGCAGGGAAGGAGGGCUAUGUGGCUGUCUAUGGAAACAAGAGUCUGACCCUGCACUGCCACCACUGUGCCCUGGUGACCAGCUCCAGCCAUGUGCUGGGCAGCGGGGCCGGACCGGACAUCGACCGUGCCCAGUGUGUGAUCCGCAUGAAUGACGCCCCCCUGUCGGGGUACGAACGUGACGUCGGGAGCCGGACCACCCUCAGGGUGGUGGCCCACUCCAGUGUGUUCAGGGUGGUUCGACGGCCAGCUGAGUUUCUCAACCUCACGGACCACCAGGCAAAUUCUGCAGUCAUAUUCUGGGGACCACCCAACAAGAUUGGUAGAGAGGCUAAAGGAACACUGUACCGUCUGAUCCAGAGAGUCAGCAUGACCUACAGUAACCUGUCCAGCUUUACCAUCACGCCCAGCAAGAUGCACAAGUUUGAUACACUGUUUCAGAAGGAGACAGGGCGAGACAGAGCAAAGUCUCAGUCCUGGUUGAGCACCGGCUGGUUCACAAUGGUGAUUGCGAUAGAGAAGUGUGACAAUAUUAAAGUGUACGGGAUGGUUCCGCCCAGUCACUGUGGAAAAAAGCCCCAGCCCAAGAAGAUGCCUUACCACUACUAUAAACCCAGAGGCACAGAUGAGUGUGUGACCUACCUGCAAAAUGAGAGGGGUCGGAAGGGCCCCCACCAUCGCUUCAUCACAGAGAAACAGGUGUUUGCACGCUGGGCCAAGCAGUAUAACAUCACCUUCACUCACCCAACAUGGUGAGAUGACUAGCUCCUUCAACAAAGUUAGCCCACGGUAUGAGAGAGGUGACGCACACAUCUGGACCAGGGUCCUGGACAGUGCACAGAUACCCUUUUUACACGACUGGACCAAACUGAGCUGAGCCUAGCUGUAUUGGCCUGGUUGGGCAUCUACCAUACAGUAGUUGCUGGAACUGUGAUGUAAAGGACAACGUGAAAAUAAAAUAUCAGAGCCAGCACGUGUAUGGUUCAGGUCGGCCCUAUUAUGUCAAUCGGGCAAUAAGUUGAAUAUACUUUAUUAUUCUUAUAGAACUACACAUUUCUGUGCCCCCUUCUCCGAAUGGCAGCCAUUUCUGUAGCUCUGAUGAACCUGAGCUUAGUUUGUUAACAUUAAUAUACAUUCUGAAUGGGCUUCUUUUUUUUUUUACAGUGCAAAAUCAAUAUUUUAUGGGAUUUUGUAAAUACGGUAUUUCCUGUGUUUGGCAAGGAAGUUUGAAGAGGGCAACUGCAAAAAUAUUUAUUGUAAAUAAACAAAUGAAUUGAUA